AUUGAAACCAUGGACGCAACAAACACUAUGAAUUCGCCUAAGAACGCUCGCAAUAAGAAAAUUAUAGGUGCCAAAUAUCAAUUGAUACGCAUGAUUGCGGGCGGCUCGUUCGGUGACGUCUAUCUGGGCAAAAACAUCGAGAGUGGAGUUAAGGUUGCCAUUAAAAUAGAGAAAAUCAGUGAGCACAAUUCCCAGCUGCUGAACGAGGCGAAAAUGUAUCGCAUCAUCAGUGCCGGCAUCGGUUUUCCGCGCAUUCAUCAUCGCAGCACGGAGAAACGUUAUAAUAUGCUGGUCAUGGAUCUGCUGGGGCCCUCUCUGGAGGAUAUGUUCGAUUACUGCAAACGUCAAUUUACCUACAAAACGGUGCUAAUGCUAGCCGAUCAGAUGAUCGCCCGGUUACAUUACAUACAUAUGAAGGGCAUAACUCAUGGGGAUAUCAAACCGAAUAACUUCCUUAUGGGCAUUGGCCAGAACAUCAAGAAGCUAUUUCUGGUCGACUUUGGCCUGGCCAAAAAGUUUCGAGAUUCACCCUCGGGCAAACACAUCUGCUACGCCGAGGACAAGGCGUUGACGGGUACGGCGCGAUAUGCCUCGAUCGCGGCCCAUCAGGGCAUCGAGCGGUCCAGGCGGGACGAUAUGGAAUCUCUGGGGUAUACGUUGAUAUACUUUAAUCGGGGCUCCCUGCCCUGGCAGGGCUUGCAGACCGAAAGAAACCAGCAGAAAGCCGAGCAAAUCUGUGAGAAAAAAAUUUCCACGCCCAUUGAGGUGUUAUGCGAGGGCUCACCGGCCGAGUUCUCCAUUUACUUGAACUAUUGUCGUAGUUUGCGUUUCGAGGAGCAACCCAAUUACACCUACCUACGUGAAUUGUUCCAGAAACUGCUCAGAACGUUAAAUCAUCAAUAUGAUUACGUAUACGACUGGACAUUGCUGCAACAGAUGCCUAAGCUGGAGACCGCUCCGCUGCUGGAUCACUUGAAGACUUGCACUAAUCAAGACAGCGGGGAAGAGAAAGAGAAAUCCAAACCCCUCAACACUGAGCAAACUAAUUGAAGUAACAGCGA